CCGGCUUGGCAGCCGUUGUCUCCCUGUUGAUUUUUAAUAACGUGGAGUUACUUCCGGCCUUGGGUAUGUGCGUAGGAGAGAAUGCAGUGAUGUGAGUAUCCCUGUUAAGCCCAAGCGCUAGCUCGAAGUUUACCGGUAAAACCCAAUUUCUCCGCCUCGCCCAACAACACUUUGCAGUUUUCUCAAGCAUUGCAGGCAAAGCAAACAGUCUCAAGCGAUGGAAAUCAGACAGCUGUACAUAUACCCCAUCAAAUCCCUUCGUGAGGUAGCCGUUCCCGAGGCUGUCCUUACCAGCACCGGCUUUGAGUAUGACCGACGUUUCAUGCUCCUCAAGGUCAACCAGGGCGAUGAUGGUGUCGAAACCCUCCAGAAUAUGCAUAUACCGCAUUUCCCCGAGAUGAGUUUGUUCCUAACAGACAUCGUAUUCCCAACAGAGGGUGAAACCAAUGGAAAGAUCAUUGUGACGUAUCGUCCACCAGGCGUGAACGACAACGGUAAUUCUCAGAUCAAAACGUUAGAGGUACCGUUAGAACCAGAUGUGCAGGGUUUGGAAGAGUUGACAGUUACAAUGCAUCAAAGUCCGACAAGGGGUUAUCAUAUGGGUAGCAAAUAUAACGACUGGUUUAGCCAGUGUUUCGGGUACAAGGUGGUCCUUGUAUACCUGGGCCCACAUUGGAGGAGGGUCUUAGGGAGCUUCCCACCGGGUAAAAGCCAGAUACAUCGCGAACUGGUGACUCCACUUGUUUCUAAACGGUCGGUGGCCGUCUUAGCUCUUCUCAGCUUGCUUCUGAACGUUGGUGUGCCACUUGGGCAGAAAGAAAUUAGCUCGUUCAUCCUCCUUAUCCUAGUGACUACAACCGUUGCUGUUCUCGUGACUCUUGGUGCUAAUAGAUACGGGGCUGUGACCGGUAAACGGAAGGAAGAAAGAAUUACCUUUGCCGACACAGCACCAUAUCUUAUGAUAUCGGAAACCUCGGUAGACAACGUGUCUGCCCGCUUAGCUGGCGAUAUGGCGAUGGAUCUGAGAAAAACCCGGCCAAACAUUGUCAUUUCGGGUGCUAGAACAGCUUUCGAGGAGGAUUUCUGGGCGGAGCUCAUGGUGGGAGAAAACAUUCGACUUCUAUUGACGGCGAAUUGCAUCCGAUGCCAGAGCCUCAACGUUGACUAUAUGACAGGGAAAAUGGGAUCAGGAGACAGCGGCAAUAUUCUCAAGAAGCUGAUGAAAGACCGGAGGGUAGACAAGGGCGCGAGGUUCUCGCCCGUGUUUGGAAGGUAUGUGUUCCUAGACCGGAACUGCGAGAAUGCCUCUAUCCGAGUAGGAGAAGAGGUGACUGUAUCCAGAAGGGUGGAGGAGCGGACAACAUAUGAUUGGCCUGGUCUGACGAAUUAAAUUGUUAUUUACGUGUACAGAGUAGUCAUUCCCAAUCUGUGUUUCGUGGCGACUAAGGUCGAUAUAUAGAACCUAGAUCUAAGCGCUUAUCAUCAGUUAGAUUCGAUAUACUGUACUGUGAACGACUAGUUUUCCGUUACGAUAGUUGCAUUGAAUGAUGAGUAGUAAUCAGACCCAGUGACGGCGCUAAGACAUUCCGGCGUUGCAUUAUCAAUCUCCCCUACCUUCAACCAUCAACCAUCACCUUUAUU